AUGAACAUUGGCGCCAUUAGGAUUGGAUCGAGAAAUGGCAAGUCUUUGCGCAAGAGAGAUCGCCUAAUGGACAUUAGGAUGGGAAGACGUACUGGGAGGAAGGUGGGACGCGGGAUUGUCUACAGUGACGAUGAGGACGAAGAGAUGGAAGAUGCGAUCGACCCCGAAGCCGUUGAGAAGCAACGCAAAGAACAGCAAGAACAGGAGGAAGACGAUGCAGAUUCGGAUUACGAGUAUCUCUCGGAUUCUUCUUCUGAAGACACACAAUCGGUCGAUAGCAACGACUCCGACUUACUUACGAGAUCAUCCGAGAUCCUUGACGUCGCUCUUCGACCCCGUACUCCCGAGCCUGAGCCUGUGGAAGAAGUCGAUGAUGGAGGUUGGUCGCAAGAUUCCGAGUUGGACAUUAGCGACGAGUGGGGUCUUGACAACUAUGCCAGUACCGAGAACACUGAGGAAGACAGUUUUGAUCCUAGACUCGUCGGACUCGACGACGUUAUGUGGAUUAAUCGGGUCCGCGCACUGGCACUCAAUCCCGAGCGGAAAGCCUACAUUUCCGGUAGAGGCCGCUACUCCGACUAUGGCAGUCUAGAUAUCGAAGGGCCUGGAAGAGAUCCCAAUGAUCCGGGCGAAUAUUCUUUGAACAUCACGAGCUACGCGAGUGGGGACGAACAACAAGCUUUCCCAUUCCACGAGGCAUGCUUCGACAUUCUUGCAAAGAGCAUAGGGCUUGAGAAGGGCAGAGAUAUUGACAAGGAUGUAAUGUGCAGAACUUUUAGCGCUCUUCUGGUUGACGAAAGACCAGUUCUGGAUGUGGACUAUCAGCUGCAUUCAGACCAAGGUCAAUUUUGGCACAAUGAACAGGGAACGGAGUAUGAAGUGUGCGAUCCUUCCCCCCGACCUGCUCUCCAAGAAAGUAUACAAGACAUCCUACCCGCCAACAUCUUCGGUGGGAGUCCGCAGUCGGCAAAUCUAGCGCACAAGGUGCGUAGUGAUCCAACCACAGUCCUCCCGUACGACCUCCUUCACGAGAUUCUUGGCUACGUUGACUCCAAGGACAUGCUUUCGUUCAUGAAAGCUUCAUAUCACGUCAACAGCGUCACUCGCGAAGCCGCAUUCUGGAAACAUAUGCUGCGCAUGCGUAUCUUGCCAUGGUUCUACGAGCUGCGUUACUUCGUGGAGACUGCAACUACCGAUGCGCUCGACUACAAAGAUCUUUUUCUCUGGGUGGAUGCAUCGACUCGUCCCAGGUUCGGCAACCAGGGACCCCUCAUGCACAUAGCAAAUCGACGCCGGAUCUGGGGCUGCUGCCAGCCCGUAGCCUCGCUCUACAAGAAAGCAACUGGCCCGGUCGAGCCCGCUGAGCCGGCAGACUCGGAGGAAGCAAAGGCGAUUCUGGACAGCUCUCUAUGCUUACACAUGCCCAUGACCAUGUAUCCACCGCCAGCUCAGACCGAGACCGUUUCGGCACAAUUUAUUCACUCUUGGAAUGAGAUUACUCAUCGUGCUUGCGUUUUGGACACCUACUGGCGCCACAUCAACAACUCCGACGACUACUUAGUGGGAAUUUCCGUCACCUUGGGUGACCAAACAAGACUUUUUGGCAGCUCUGAUGGAUUUAGUGGACUUCCGUUUCAUCUUGAUCGUGGGGAGUGGAUCAAGGAGAUCGUCUGCUGUGUCGAGAGUAUUGUGAAUCAAACCGGGCCUCAUGGGAAGCCUGAGGAUCCUUGGCCAUCUAAAACUGCUAUGAUCAGUGGUAUCUCUGGUUACGCCGGUGUGCGGAGGCCGUUCCAAGUGUUGGAUGGCAUGCAUCUAGUAGGAAUGACGGGUCAAAUUGCUUCGAAUGGAGCUAUCUCACGUCUCGGUCUUCUUCAAGCAUGCGGACCGGACUCAGCACCACUCGCUCAGCCGCGAUAUACAUCCGCUCAGCAGAUGGCAUGGGGAAAGCUUGGAUCAUCGCUACCCUACGAUCGGAUUGGUCAAAGGUACCCUCAACAGGCUUCCGUCUGGGCGCAUCCUACGAUCCAUUUUGAGUCCUUUCCCGCUUCCACCCACCCCAACCCAUACGAACUCCCCGAGGAUAUGAUGCCCAACGAUGUUUUCAUGUGGAGCAAGAAAAACACAGGUAUUGAAUGCUUUCAGCCCAUUGCAACGAAUCUCUCCAUGGCCAAGGAUUCGACCGAAGAUCCCAUGCAAUCGACCAGCGCAACACCCGCAACGACCGCUCUUCCCAGCUCUCUCCCUGCAACCAACACGUCGUCAUCGUCCUACCAACUCCACACCGGUAUCGAUAUCGUCGGCAUCAAUCCCGGCCCUCAUGACAUGUGGGGUAAUCGCGGCCGCAGCGUCGGCUCUCGCGGACCCGUCCUAUGUCAAUCCCCCAAAUGGGCGCACGACAUGACUGAGCCUCUCCGAGAAUCCCUCAAAGCCGCAUGGCAAGAUAUGAACAAGACAGGCGGCGGUCCACACCCUAACCAACUACAAAACACCGUCACUUUCCCACUGAACCAGGAAGACAUCACUGAAGUCCACGUCGAGCAGCAGUACCGCGCUCUCAAACUUGUUACGCAGAGUGGACGGGUUGGCUACUUUGGGGAGCCGGAUAUGCGCGAUUGGUUUGUGAGGAAGGCGGUGGGUGGAGAGCAGAUUGUGGGGAUUAGUGCGUGUUUUGGGGCGUUGGGGGGUUGGAGUGAGUCGGCGAGGAUGUGGAGUCAUCUUAAGUUGAGUCGCGUGGGGGUGGUGUUUGAGAGGGUUGAUGGCGAGGGGAGGGUAAUUGGUAAGGAGGAAGAGAAGGAGAUGAGGGAGAAGGGUGUGGUGUUUGAUGAGGGUAAAGUUGUUAUGUGCUCAGAGUAG